AUGGCGGGUGCGUGCGCGGUGGCCGCGCCAUCCCGGGCCACCGUCUCCGGCCCCGGCGCAGCCCCGCCGCCGGGGCGCGGCUCCCGCGUGAGCUGCCGGCGCUCGGCGAGGAGACGCGCCGGCGGUCGCGCUCGCGUGUCCCGCGACACCAACGGCGCCGAGGCUGAGCCGGACAGCAAGGGUCCAAUCCCGCAGGAUGACUCCGGCUACCUGCUGACGCUGGGGCUCGGGUCCAUCGGCGGCGCGGCGGCCGUGAAGUACGGCAGCGUGCUGCUCCCCGAUAUCACGCGGCCCAACAUCGUCGAGGCGCUGCUCAUGGUCUCCCUGCCCAUGGCGGCCGCCGUCCUCAUCUUGCUCAAGCUCAGCUCCACUUCCACACAGGACUAG